UGAUAAUAUCAUCAUGUAUUUCCACUGGCGAAUUGAUUUUUAUAAUUUAAUGAGUACUGGGUUGGUGUGCAUCUCUUGACACUGAAUGCCAAUGAGAAGGCCAUAUGAAAUUUAUUGAACAGUUGACUUUUUUGAUAUGUUAGUUCUUUUUAGUGAUUUGACGAGUAACUAUAUUUUCGUGAGAAUGCAGCUUUAACCACAGGUUUUGUACGUAUAUGAAGCACUGGGACUUGUUCUUAUUAAUUAGUGAUUAAACAUAUGCCAUAAAAUUGUGUUAGUUUGGCUAUGAUGGCUAUUAGGGUAUCUGGUUUUAGAGUCGUAACUAAUCUAAAAAUUAUGUAGCCAUUUAAGAAGGCUGUUUUUUCAUUUGGUUGAUACAACUUUUACGUGUUUUCGCCAGAUAGGAAAUGGUGCAACUUUGGUGAAAGUCGACAGAAUUUAUAACGCAAAGGACAAUUCUCCUGCCUUACUUUUCCAAGAUGAUGGGGGUGGAAUGAAUCCCGAGUCCAUGCGGAAGUGCAUGAGCUUAGGAUACUCCUCAAAGACAUCAAACACAACUAUUGGGCAAUAUGGUAAUGGAUUCAAAACAAGUACAAUGCGACUAGGAGCUGAUGUGAUCGUUUUUAGUCGUGCAACUCAAUCAGGUCGAGCAACCCAAAGUGUUGGUCUUCUAUCCUACACAUUCUUGCGGAAAACGAGACAGGAUGACGUGAUUGUUCCAAUGAUCGACUUUGAUAUCUCAGACAACUGGGCGGAGCCUAUAAUUUAUGGCUCAAAGGAUGAUUGGUCCGGUAACUUGAAAACCAUCCUUCAGUGGUCUCCCUUCGCAUCGAAGGACGAUCUUAUGCUACAGUUCGACAAUAUUGGAUCACAUGGAACGAAGAUUAUAAUAUAUAACCUAUGGAUGAAUGAUGAAGGCAUUUAUGAAUUGAAUUUCGAUGAUGAUGAAGAGGAUAUACGGUUGAGAGAUGAAGUUAAUAACGGGAACACAUCCAGAAAGAGAGUCCUCGAACUGCAAUCUCAUUUAUCGUACCGCAUGCGCUUCUCGUUAAGGGCAUACGCAUCGAUAUUGUACCUCAAAAAGUUUACGAACUUCAAAAUAAUUUUACGAGGGAAGCCUGUUGAGCAGUUCAGCAUUGCGGAUGACUUGAAACACUCCACGACAAUCACAUACAGCCCCCAACGUGGCCUGGCACUAAAAGAGCCAUACUGGAAAGUCACUGCGGAUGGCAAUUCCCGAGGACAUGGUGUUGUUGGAGUUCUCGAGGCAAAUUUCAUAGAACCGGCGCACGACAAACAGGAUUUCGAGAGAUCAACUCUAUUUGUGAAGCUGGAGAUGAGAUUAAAACAAAUGGUUAUGGAGUACUGGAGAGGCCACUGUCACUUGAUAGGACACGUAUCUGAUGGCACGAGGAAAAUCAAUUACCUAAAUAAAUCGACCGCACUUCAAAAUGACGAGGUAAGUGGAAACACCUUCAGAACUAGUGGCGAUAGCAAAUCGUCAACCAUUCAGCCCGUUUUCGAAACUGAAGCCGGCUCUCGUCCAGAAACAUCUCUAGAUAAACGAACACUCGAUCAGAUAUGCGACGAGAAUAUCCAGUUGUUCAUGAGGUGCGAGGAGUACAAGAUGAAGCAAGUUGGAUUGGUCCGAACGAUCGAAGAACUUGAGAACCAGCUGGAAGAAACGAGGAAGAAGUGUGCUAGGGUUUCUUCUUACAUUGAAACGCAGAGGAAGCAAACACUAGCGACACAACGAUAGAAGAAACGCGAUAGUUUUGAUGCGCUUAAUUAACGGGCUUGCUCUAUUUAUGUACAUGAUGUAUUUGACCAGAUGUUAAAUAGGGCUGAAAGUCAAACUAAAUUAUUCCACAUUA